AUGGCUGACAAGCUAGCUCUUCCUCUUCUCCUCCCAAGUCCUCCAAUCUCAAAACCCUUCUCUCAAGACUUCCAUCCCCCAAAACUCCACCACCACAAUCCACCGCCUCAGCCAUUAACCCCCCUUCUAAAAGACAUCCUGCAACCCAAUUCCGCCACCACAAAACCCCCUUCUCCGAUAAUCCCCAGAACAACACGUCGUAUCGGCAAACACAACGACCCAAACAAAGGAAAACCCUGGACUUCUCACCUAUCUUCACGAGGUCAGCAAAUCUUCCAAACCCUAAUCGAUUCAGGUUUAAUCCAUUACAAAAAACUCGAUUUAGCUUUAAACGUCUUCGAUUGGGUCAAAACCCACUAUAAAGACACCGGAAAACCUUUACGUGGCUCCGUCGUCGCUGUAAUCAUCUCCAUGCUCGGUAAAGACAACCGGGUUUCAGCUGCAUCUUCGUUGAUUCGCAGCCUCCAAAAAGACAAUUUCACCAUCGAUGUAUACGCCUACACUUCAUUAAUAACUGCGUACACUAAUAACGGAAGAUUCCGAGAGGCAAUUUCAGUUUUCAAAGAAAUGGAAGAAGAAGGAAUCCAACCCACUAAAAUCACUUACAACGUGAUUCUCAACGUUUAUGGCAAAAUGGGGAUGCCAUGGAACAAAAUCGAAUCAAUCUUCAAUGAUAUGAAGAAUUCCGGGGUUUCUCCAGAUUCGUAUACUUAUAACACUCUCAUAAGCUGCUGUAAACGCGGAUCUUUACAUGAAGAAGCUGAAAAAAUCUUCAAAGAAAUGAAAUCCGCAGGAUUUAGUCCCGAUUACGUAACUUACAACACAUUAUUAGAUGUAUACGCGAAAUCCCGCAAACCCAAUGAAGCAAUGAACGUGUUGCACGAGAUGGAAUUUCACGGGUUUUCCCCAAGCAUUGUCACAUAUAAUUCUUUAAUUUCUUGUUACGCAAAAGACGGGUUAUUCAAAGAAGCCAUGGAAUUAAAAGAUCAAAUGUCCCAAAACGGGAUAAAACCCGAUGUCUUCACCUACACGACUUUGUUUUCUGGGUUUGAAAAAGCCGGAAAAGACGAAUUUGCGAGGGGCGUUUUUGACGAAAUGAUAAGUUCGGGGUGUAAACCGAAUAUCUGUACUUUUAACGCGCUUAUAAAGAUGCACGGGAACCGUGGGCGGUUCUCGGACAUGAUGAAGGUCGUGGAGGACAUAAAACACUGCGGUUGUGUUCCCGAUAUCGUGACAUGGAACACGCUUUUAGCGGUUUUUGGACAAAAUGGAAUGGAUCUAGAAGUUUCCGGAGUAUUCAAGGAAAUGAAACGGGCGGGUUUUAUACCCGAAAGGGACACUUUCAAUACUUUGAUAAGCGCGUAUAGUCGAUGUGGGUCGUUGGAUCAAUCGAUUAAUGUUUAUAAAAGUAUGUUAGAAGCUAAAAUCACUCCUGAUUUAUCGACCUACAACGCGGUGUUAGCCGCCUUGGCUCGUGGCGGGCUUUGGCGGCAGUCGGAGAAGAUUCUAGAAGAAAUGGAAUCCGGGAGGUGUAAACCUAACGAAUGUAGUUAUAGUUCGUUGCUUCACGCGUAUGCAAACGGAAAAGAGAUUGAAAAAAUGCGGGAUCUCGCCGGAAAAGUAUAUUCCGGUGAGAUUGAGCCGCACGCAGUGUUGUUAAAGACUCUUGUUUUGGUGAAUAGUAAAUCGGAUUUGUUGCCGGAAACCGCUAGGGCUUUUGAGGAGAUGAAAAACCGAGGGUUUUCGUACGAUAUAAACACUUUAAACGCGAUGGUUUCGAUCUACGGGAGGCGGCAGAUGGCGGUGGAAGCUAGCGGGAUCAUGGCGGUGAUGGAAGAAUCGGGAUUUUCACCGAAUUUAACGACGUAUAAUUCGUUGAUGUAUAUGUAUAGUCGAUCUUCGGAUUUUACAAAAUCGGAGGAAAUUUUGCGGGAUAUUUUACGGAAAGGGGUAAAACCGGAUGUUAUUUCGUAUAACACGGUGAUUUAUGGGUAUUGUAGGAAUGGGAAAAUGAAAGAUGCAUCAAGGGUAUUAUCGGAAAUGACGAAAUCGGGUGUGGUUCCGGAUGUUAUUACUUAUAAUACUUUUGUUGCGAGUUAUGCUUCGAAUGAACGGUUUUUGGAGGCGAUUGAUGUGAUUAAAUAUAUGAUUAAAAACGGAUGUAAACCGAAUGAAAGCACGUAUAAUUCUGUUAUUGAUUGGUAUUGUAAGUUUCAUAGGAGGGAUGAUGCGGUUUUAUUUGUUAAUAAUCUUCGGGAGGUUGAUCCGCGUGUUUCUAGAGAUGAAAUUAGUCGAUUGGCGGCACGGGUGGCGGAGAUGGGUUGA